AUGCUUGGACUGGUGCCCAACGACGUCACACCUCCCCGCGCGCUAUCAUUGCCGUUCAAGGAAUUCACGAUAAGCCAAUUGCUUGUCGAUCCAACGUGGCUACGCUCGAUUGUUACUCAAAGGCCACGUGGGGCUCCUUGCUCGUGUGAGCGGACAAGCAUCGAGCGGGAUCAUGCCAAGCCUUCAGGAGAUCCAGAAGUAGAUGAAGUAUCUUUGUUAGCCGUCGAAUACGAUGAUGUUACAUUGCUACGCUGCAAUGCAUGCUCUUUUUUUUCGGCUUCGGCAGGGUACGCACUAGAGUACGCUUGA